AUGGGAGAAGAAUUUCGUGAUUGUGUGAAAACCUUCGUUGAUCAUCUUUUAAGACCAGAAAAUUUGGUACCAAAAAAGAUAGAUGGUCAUUUCGUCAAGGUCAAGGAUUUAGUUACAUUUAUUAGUACCUAUUGCAAGCAUAUUAAUACCGAAACACAGCUAUCGGUUGACACAAUUUGCAUGGCAUAUGCUGAGAUUUUCCUUCAACGUCGUAUGGAUCGAACGGUAGAAGAAUACAAGAAGUUUUUACGGAGUUGUGAAAAUAAAACGCAAAUUGAUGCUGAGAAAAGUAAAAUUUUGAAAGACCUUGGAAUGGCAAGGGAGAUGAAGUUGGCUACAAAAGAAUUGCAAGAAAGUUUUAAACAAAAAUUGACAGAGUUGCUUGAUGCAGUAUGUAAUGAUUUUCUUACACUUUUAAACCAAGAAGAUGACCUAAGAAAGGAAUAUAUCCAAUAUAUAAAAGAUUGUAGAACUCUAAAGAGCGCGGAGGAAAUGAAGAUGACAAUUUUGGUGAAAUUUCAGAAAAGAACUGGAAACUUGAACUGCGACGAGGAGUUACGAAAAAAAUCGAAGCAGCGGUUAACAGGACUGAUUGAUAAGAUGUAUAAGAAUGUUCAUACACUUUUCGACCUCAUGAGUCAGUUAAUAGAGGAAUACACCGAAAGCGUUAAAGAAUGCAGAACUUUAGAGCAAGCUCAAACACAGAUAAAGAAUAUUUUGGAGAAAUUUAAAAAAGAAAGCGAGAACGUGAAUUGUAAUGAGGAUUUUCGAGAUAAUUUUAAGGCACGGUUAAAUGCACCGCUCCAUCAGAUGUGUGAAAAUUUUUACACGCUUUUCAUAAACGUAAAGAAACUAGAGCAGGAAUACAACAACUCCAUAUCUAACUGCAAUACUUUACAACAUGCCGAAGAAGCAAAGAACGAAAUUUUGGAUAAAUUUGAAAAAAAUGUUAAUGCGAAUUCGGAUUGUGAAGAGGAAUUGCGAGAUAUAUUUAAGCAGCGUCUAACAGAUAAUUGUGAACAAAUAUACAAAAAUAAUGAAGCUGAUAUUAACAAGAGAGAACUAGUGGAUUCUGCCUUAACUGCUGCAAAAUUUGUCGGCGGUGCUAUGGUGGCUGCUUCUCACACCUGCCCACCGCUAGCUGCCGCGGGAAGUGGUCUAGUUGCUCUAGCUACAUUAACUGCGUCGAUAAUAAAAAAAAAGCGAGAACAAUAGUCGUAUUAAAUAUGUUCUUGCUAUUAUUAUAACUAACCUGUUUAUCUUAGUGAAUGUUGUCUGUCACACAUAAUAUACACAUGAAAAAUGCA